AUGCUGACGAAGCGGGUGCCCUCUCGCCCCUCCUGGCCGAGCGGCUGGGAUGAGCAGUGUGCAGACCGGGCGCAGAAGGCAGGGGGACCAAUCCGGAUCUCCCUGCCCGACGGCCAGCAAGUGGAGGGGGAGUCCCUAAGAACCACGCCGUAUCAAGUGGCAUCACAAAUCAGCCAGGGCCUGGCUGAGGGUGCCGUGGCCGCCAGGGUGAACGGGGCCCUGUACGACCUGGAUCGCCCCCUGGAGAGUAACGCCACCUUGGAAUUCGUAGGCUUUGAUUCUCCGGAGGGGCAGGCGGUUUUUUGGCAUUCCAGCGCCCACGUCCUGGGAGCGGCAGCGGAGCGAUUCUACGGAGCCCUGCUGUGCCACGGGCCCAGCACAGAGAACGGCUUCUUCCAUGACAUGUACCUCUCAGGCCGAGCCGUGCUGGGCAGCGAGCUCCCCGCCGUGCAGGAGGCGUGCCAGUCCGUCGUGCGAGAGCAGCUUCCCUUCCAGAGGCUGGAAGUGUCCCGCCAGGACCUGCUGGAGCUAUUUAAGUACAACAGGUUUAAGCUGCAGGUGAUUGAGGAGAAGGUGAAGUCACCGACUGCUACGGUGUACAGGUGCGGGGCGUUAAUCGACCUUUGCCGAGGUCCCCACGUCAGGCACACGGGGCAGAUCCGAGCGCUGAGGAUCCUGAAGAACUCCUCCGUCUUCUGGAAGGGCAACCCCGCCCUAGAGUCUCUGCAGCGGGUGUACGGGAUCUCCUUCCCCAGCCCCCUCCAGCUGGAGGAGUGGGAGCGGCUCCAGGAGGAAGCAGCCACCCGUGACCACCGGAGGAUUGGCCAGGAGCAGGAGUUGUUUUUCUUCCACGAGCUGAGUCCCGGGAGCUGCUUUUUCCUGCCCAGAGGCGCACACGUCUACAACACCCUGAUAGACUUCAUCAAGAGCGAGUAUCGGAAACGUGGGUUCUCGGAGGUGGUCACCCCUAACAUCUACAACGCCAAGCUCUGGGAGCUGUCUGGCCACUGGCAGCACUACAGCGAAAACAUGUUCUGCUUCCCCGUGGAGAACGACACCUUCGCCCUCAAGCCGAUGAACUGCCCCGGUCACUGCCUGAUGUUCGCUCACCGGCCCCGCUCCUGGCGGGAGCUGCCCCUCCGCCUGGCCGAUUUCGGGGUGCUGCACCGGAACGAGCCCUCGGGGACCCUGACCGGCCUGACCCGGGUGCGGCGUUUCCAGCAGGACGACGCUCACAUCUUCUGCACCCUGGGCCAGCUGGAAGGCGAGAUCAGCGGAUGCCUGGAUUUCCUGCAGGCCGUGUACUCGGUGUUCGGCUUCUCCUUCCGCUUCUACCUCGCCACCCGCCCGGAAGGAUUCCUGGGGGACCCUUGUGUGUGGGAGCAGGCCGAGCAGCCAUUGGAGAAAAGCCUCAAUGACUUUGGGCAGCCGUGGGAGCUGAAUCCAGGCGACGGAGCGUUUUAUGGGCCCAAGAUUGACAUUCAGAUCAAGGACGCCCUGGGCCGAUACCAUCAGUGCGCCACCAUUCAGCUGGACUUCCAGAUGCCCAUCCGCUUCGACCUGACGUACAGCAGCAAAGAUGGCAGCACGCGCGAGAGGCCGGUGAUGAUCCACCGGGCAGUGCUGGGCUCCGUGGAGAGGAUGCUGGCCGUGCUGGCUGAGAACUACGGCCGCAAGUGGCCCCUGUGGCUGUCCCCUUGCCAAGUCAUGGUGAUCCCGGUGGGACCCGACACGGAGGCCUAUGCCCAGGAGGUCCGCGAGACGUUCCGCCAGGCGGGGUUCAUGGCCGACGCCGACACCGACUGGGGUACCACCCUGAGCCGGAAGAUCCGGAAGGCCCAGCUGGCUCAGUACAACUUCCAGCUGGUGGUGGGCCGGAAGGAGCUGUCCCGCCGCACGGUGAGCGUCCGCACGCGGGACUCCAGGCAGCACGGGGAGCGCGGCCUGCAGGAGGUGCUGCACAGGCUGCAGGAGCUGCGGGAUGCCCGGCUCAGGAACGCAGAGGAGCUGCUCUGAGCCCGUCCCUGCUGGCUGUGGCCCUUGCCACUGGUUCGGCACCGCUCCCGGCCCAGGGAGGCGACGCCCGCCGCUCUCCCCCAGCACCGUCCC